CAAAAACUGGAGCUGGUGGAAUUUCGGGUUAAUGAUCAGCCGUCGAGCCAGGAUCGGUGCGGGUUCGGCCAGGAUGGCCCUGCGCGACCAGCAACCUGGGCGAUAGGGCCGCAGCCAUGGCCCAGAGGCUGGUGGGGGGCUCGUGUGCCCCCCAGGGGGAAGACUUCUCCUUCGUCAGCCCCCUGGUCAAAUACCUGCUGUUCUUCUUCAACAUGGUUUUCUGGGUGAGCGCGGCAACGGGAGGGUUAAACUCGCACGGCUCGGACCCGCUGGCCCACCUGGUUCAGCGUUGCCUGCCCUGGCUGGCAGCAGCGGGUCUGCAGGGAGGGCUGGGGGGGGGGCAAUUCCCGGCUCUACUCGUGAAGAGGUGGCAUUGAGACCGGGGCUAAAUUGAGCCCGGAACCAUCUGCGUGCAAAAUGGGAGGGGGGGUCUCUGCCGUCUCCUUCGGGGCCCUUAGGCACGUGAGGAUGUGCAUACACGUGUAUGGGCUGGUCCAGGGGUGGUGCGUCGAAUGGAAUGCGUGGGUUCAGCUUUUGCCUUUGAAAGAGAGAGAGAGCACAAUAAUUGCUCUGUUGCUUCGCCUCCAUUAAGAGUCUCGUGUGAACGCACUGCGGUGCCCCUGGAGUCGGUAAUAGGGGUGAAAAAGGACAAUCUGAUGUUAUUGCAGUGAUUUCCAAGCUCGAGGGGGAAUGUCUUCUCAAAUUCGUGUUCACCAGGUGUCUUAAUUGAGAUUUGUUGUUGUUUAGUCGUGUCUGACUCUUCGUGACCCCCUGGACCAGAGCAUGCCAGGCCCUCCUGUCUUCCACUGCCUCCCACAGUUUGGUCAAACUCAUGCUGGUAGCUUCGAGAACACUGUCCCACCAUCUCGUCCUCUGUCGUCCCUUCUCCUUGUGCCCUCCAUCUUUCCCAACAUCAGGGUCUUUUCCAGGGAGUCUUCUCUUCUCAUGAGGUGGCCAAAGUCUUGGAGCCUCAGCUUCAGGACCUUUGUUGGCAAGGUGGUGUCUCUGCCUUUUAAGAUGCUGUCUAGGUUUGUCAUUGCUUAACUGAGAUACAUGCUGCUUAAUUGAGAUAUAUACUGUCAUUCUGAACUUGUAAUAGAAUUUAAUGGCUUUUAUGGGGUAUUCCAGCCCCCACUCACGAGUUUUCUUGGCUCUUUUUAUUUUAUUUUUUUAUAAAAUAAUAAUAAUAUCUAGUGUAAUCUGUUGCAUUUCGCCCUUAUUAGACUCCUUGAAGCUUUGCCAUCAAAUUGUGAUAUAAAUCUAAAUGGCCACAAGGUAAAGGUAAAGGGACCCCUGACCAUUAGGUCCAGUCGUGGCCGACUCUGGGGUUGCGGCGCUCAUCUCGCUUUAUUGGCCGAGGGACCCGGUGGUCAUGUGGCCAGCAUGACUAAGCUGCUUCUGGAGAACCAGAGCAGCACACGGAAACGCUGUGUACCUUCCCGCCAAAGUGGUACCUAUUUAUCUACUUGCACUGGUGUGCUUUUGAACUGCUAGGUUGGCAGGAGCAGGGACCGAGCAACGGGAGCUCACCCCGUCGCGGGGAUUCGAACCGCCAACCUUCUGAUCAGCAAGUCCUAGGCUCUGUGGUUUAACCCACAGCGCCACCCGCGUCCCUUUGGCAACAAAGCAGGAUAUAAAUCCAAAACUCACAUGAUGUGAAAAGGUUACUUUCGACCUUUAGUCAAACUCAGAGUAGACCCAUUGGAAUAAAUGGACUUUUAAAAAAAUUAGGUGUGGGCUUUGCGCUUUGCUCCAGAUAUCAAAAAUUUGGAAGCGCUUUCAGUGUAAUGCACUGCAGAGUGUUUUUUUCUCUAGAAAACUCUGGUUGUACGGUCUCCAUUAAUUCCAAUUUGAGCGCAAGCUUUUCCUCGCCACCUGCCUUCGGCAUCUCAUCCUGACCUUCUGGCCACUUUGUCCAAUUAACUGUUUCCAUUAGAAGGCCUCUUUAUCCUGGAUUGGUUUUAAUUUAAAUCCUUAGUUAACCGGUUCAUCUGCCUCUGUAUGGGGAUAGGCAAUUACCGAAGCGCUUGUAAUUGCUCCCAGAGGCUGUAAUCAGCUUUUAGGUGAGCGCGGUAAUUUCGUUCAGGCGCUCUGGUCAGCGCCAGCCGAUUCCCCCAUUCCUGAAACUCUCCUCGGCUUUUAUUUAUUGGAAUAAAUAAAUUUAUUGGAAUAAAUAAAUGGCCUGCUCAUCCGUAGCUCGCUGGCUUUCUGGCCAGAAGGUCCCCAGCACCUCCCAGUUCAAAGGCAAUGGGGGCAGCUGGUGAUGGGAACUGGGACCACAUGGAGAGCUCCUGUCUGCCACAUGGUAUUAGCUCAGCAGCCAAAAUGGUGUCCUCUAGAUGGCGCAGAACUACAACUCCCAUCAUCCCUGCCCAUUGGCAUUACUGGCUGGGGCUGAUGGGAGCUGUAGUCCACAAACAUCAGGCAUGAACCACAUUGUUAUUUUCGCCCGUGUGCAACUACUCCUUCCAUACGCCUGUUUUACAGUUUUGUUUUCCAUCUUUAAAUUUUUGCUUGUUGUUCGAAUUGUCUGUUUUACGUACAUCUUUGUUUCCCCAACUUGGGUCUCCAGCUGUUCUUGGUUUUUUUGGACUACAACUCCCAUCAUCCCUAGCUAGCAAUACCAGUGGUCAGGAAUGAUGGGAAUUGUAGUCCAGAAAAAGCAGCUGGAGACUCAGUUUGGGGAAAAUACUAAUAUGCGUUAUAAAACCAUUCUACUCAUUGUGUGUUUCUGUUCCUGUGUGAGUAGAUUGAGGUUGAAUCCUGACAAGACAGAAGUACUGUUUUGGGGGGACAGGAGGCGGGCUGGUGUGGAGGACUCCCUGGUCCUGAAUGGGGCAACUGUGCUCCUGAAGGACCAGGUGCGCAGCCUGGGAGUCAUUUUGGACUCACAGCUAUCCAUGGAGGCACAGGUCAGUUCUGUGUCCAGGGCAGCUGUUUACCAGCUCCAUCUGGUACGCAGGAUGAGACCCUCCCUGCCCGCAGCCUGUCUCGCCAGAGUGGUGCAUGCUCUGGUUAUCUCCCGCUUGGACUACUGCAAUGCGCUCUACGUGGGGCUACCUUUGAAGGUGACCCGGAAACUACAACUAAUCCAAAAUGCGGCAGCUAGACUGGUGACUGGGAGCGGCCGCUGAGACCACAUAACACGGGUCCUGAGAGAUCUGCAUUGGCUCCCAGUACGUUUCCGAGCACAAUUCAAAGUGUUGGUGCUGACCUUUCAAGUCCUAAAUGGCCUCGGUCCUGUAUACCCGAAGGAGCGUCUGCACUCCCAUUGUUCAGCCCAGACACUGAGGUCCAGCUCUGAGGGCCUUCUGGCGGUUCCCUCCCUGCAAGAAGUGAAGUUACAGGGAACCAGGCAGAGGGCCUUCUUGGUGGUGGCGCCUGCCCUGUGGAACGCCCUCCCACCCGAUGUCAAAGAGAACAGCAACUACCAGACGACAUCUGAAGGCAGCCCUAUUCAGGGAAGCUUUUAAUGUUUGAUGUAUUACUGUAUUUUAACAUUUUGUUGGAAGCCGCCCAGAGUGGCUGGGGAAGCCCAGCCAGAUGGGCAGGGUAUAAAUUAUUAUCAACAACAACAACAACACCAAAAAACAGCCUUGUGGCCCCACAAAAACUUCCUUUACAAUACUGUGUAGGACUACUGAGGGAGUGCUGGGAACUCAUCUCUGAGUAGUGCUUACCUUUGACUUUAAGGAAGUUUCACACACCAGGAAAUAAAUGAAGUUUGUUUAGAACAUGAAAUGAGACAGUAUAUUGGUCCUUCUUCAGGAAAGCAAGUUCUACCUGUAUCUGCGGGCAGAAAAUCAAACAUCACAAACACACCGUCUUAAUAGAGUAAAAGAGUCUCUAGCUACCCAAGCCUGAGGACUGAGCGUAACAAUUUGCCACUGCACUCACCCCAAAAGAAGAAUUGUAGAGUUGGAAGAGACCCCCUAAGGCUCAUCUAUCUAGUCCAACUCUUUGCAAUUCAGGAAUCCCAGCUGAAGACUCCAUGAGAGAUGGCCGUCGAACCUCUGUUUAAAAUCCUCGGAGGAAGAAGAAUCCACCAGAUCCCAAGGGAAUCCAUUCCACUAUUGAACAGCUCUUACUGUUAGAAAGUCCUUCCUGAUGUUGAGUCGGAAUCUCCUUUCUUGUAACUUGAAGCCAUGGGUUCGAGUCCUACCCUCCAGAGCAGGAGAAAACAAGCUUGCUCCAUGCUCCAUGUGCAGAAGCGCCAACUCCUAGGGGUCCAGGUCCAAUCACACAAAAACACCCCCAAUAAAAAAGGAGGUGGUAUACCUGACCUUGAUGCGGGUGGCACUGUGGGUUAAACCCCUGAGCCUAGGACUUGCCGAUCAGAAGGUUGGUGGUUCGAAUCCCUGCGACGGGGUGAGCUCCCAUUGCUCGGUCCCUGCUCCUGCCAACCUAGCAGUUCGAAAGCGCGUCAAAGUGCAAGUAGAUAAAUAGGUACCGCUCUGGCGGGAAGGUAAACAGUGUUUCCAUGCGCUGCUCUGGUUCGCCAGAAGCAGCUUAGUCCUGCUGGCCACAUGACCCGGAAGCUGUACGCCGGCUCCCUCGGCCAGUAAAGCGAGAUGAGCGCCGCAACCCCAGAGUCGUCCGCAACUGGACCUAAUGGUCAGGGGUCCCUUUACCCUUUACCUUUAUACCUGGCCUUGAAGCCUAAUAAUAAUAAUAAUAAUUUAUUAUUUAUACCCUGCCCAUCUUGCUGGGCUUCCCCAGGCACUCUGGGCUGCUUGCAACAAAAUAUUAAAAUACAGUAAUGCAUCAAACAUUAAAAGCUUCCCUGAACAGGGCUGCCUUCAGAUGUCUUCUAAAAGUUUGGUAGUUAUUUUUCUCUUUGACAUCUGCUGGGAGGGCGUUCCACAGGGUGGGUGCCACCACCGAGAAGGCCCUCUGCCUGGUUCCCUGUAGCUUUGCUUCUCGCAAUGAGGGAACCGCCAGAAGGACCUUGGUGCUGGACCUCAGUGUCCGGGCUGGACGAUGGGGGUGGAGACGCUCCUUCAGGUAUAUAAUGGAACACAAAACCAUUGCCUGGAAAGCUGUGCUUUCUGCAAGAGUUCAGCUCUCAUCUCAAAAUCCUAUACCUGUCAGGCAGCAGAAACCUCCCACCCAUUUCUUGGUCCAGAGAAGCACAGAACUGAUUGUUGCAGAGCAAAGAAGGGGUCCUAUAGGAGCUGUGAGCUACCCGGUGAAAAUGAGGGGUUUAAGCACUAUUUUGGACCAACGUAACUGUACGGAGAGGGGAGCUGUCUUCCUGGAGUAGUGUGUGUCUUAACACCUUCAUUGCUUUGAACCUCUGUUCAUUUCUGACAAGUUCCUGUCUGUUCACUAUUCUGUUUGCUAAGUUUGAAGCUGAGAGGACAUGACCCGGGUGACAAACAAUGUAGCUGGUUGGCGGUCGGUUUCCUGCAUCCUUUAAAAAAAAUAAAUAAAUAAAAUUGAACAAUAACAUACAAAUAACACAGAAACACAUAUGCUACAUACAAUUCCUACAAUCCAAACAAGGCGUCUUACCCCCCCCGUGACUUCGCACCACCAUGACUCAACUUCCUUAAUUUUUAAUUUAAUUAUUAUCAUUGCGUUUCUCAAAAUCUUCAUCUCUUACAACCAUUUCUAAUUUUUAUUCUCACCUUUACUUUACAUACUUAAUCUAUUCAUGCUAACAUAUAUUUUUGUUCUCACAACCACUUUACAUAUUCAGUCUAUGCAUAUUAACAUAUUCUUUUUAGAACAGCAAUUUCGCAUGCAUUCUUCAAAGCGUUUCCAUUCCAAUUUUAGUUUUUGAUUUGUCUGAGAUCUUAUGGCUGCUGUUAGUUUUGCCAACUCUGUGUAUUCGCUUAAUUUAUAAAUCCAUUCUUCUUUAGAGGGUACUGUCUCACCUUUCCAUUUGCUGGAUAGGACUAUUCUGGGGGCUACUGUAGUGGCGCUGUGGUCUAAACCGCAGAGCCUCUUGGGCUUGCCGAUCAGGUUGGCGGUUCGAAUCCCCGCAACGGGGUGAGCUCCCGUUGCUCGGUCCCAGCUCCUGCCAACCUAGCAGUUCGAAAGCAUGUCAAAGUGCAAGUAGAUAAAUAGGUACCACUUUGGCGGGAAGGUAAACAGCGUUUCCGUGUGCUGCUCUGGUUUCACCAGAAGCGGCUUAGUCAUGCUGGCCACAUGACUCGGAAGCUGUACACCGGCUCCCUUGGCCAGUAAAGCGAGAUGAGCGCUGCAACCCCAGAGUCGGCCACAACUGGACCUAACAAUCCUUUACCUUUACCUUUACUGUAGCGUAGAAAAAGAUUCUUUUCUUGUUCUGUGGAACAUCAUUCCCUAUUAUGCCCAAUAAAUAGGCCUCAGGUUUUUUUCCUAUGACGAUCUUGAGCAUUUUCUUUAACUCAUCGUGUAUUAUGCCCCAGAAGAUUUUAAUCUUUUCACAACUCCCCCAGACGUGGAUCGUUGUUCCUUCAGCCAUUGUUUCCUGCAUCCUUUAUUUACCUUUGGAGGAAGGUUCUAUGGCAUGCGUAGCGGUCCAAUCGCCUUCUCAAUCCGGCCCGCGGACGGUCUGGGAAUCAGCGUGUUUUUAUAUGAGUCGAAUGUGUUCUUUUCUUUAAAAUGCAUCUCUGGGUUAUUUGUGGGGCCUGCCUAGUGUUUUUACAUAAGUCGAAUGUGUGUUUUUGUUUAAAAUGCAUCUCUGGGGCAUAGGAAUUUGUUCAUUAUUAUUUUUCCAAAAUUUAGUCCAGCCCCGCCACAAGGUUUGAGGGACAGUGGACUGGCCCCCUGCUGACCCCUGUUCUAUGUUCAGUCUGUAUGUUUUUCACCAGAUUCACAGACGGAAACCUGGCGCAGGAGGCACGCACACUUAGAAUGAAACGAUUCCUUUUUAAAAAUGUGAAAAUUGCAUCUUUAUUUUUUUAACGUGGCAAAACUAACAUCGGAAAGCGACUGUUGCAGGGUCUUGUCCAAAAAAUAGCCCUACGAGAAUGUGCUGUCAACACAAGGAUUUCUGCUUGCGCAGAGAAGUCCUGUCCCCCUUUGCCACCUGCGUACCCCUUAAAAUCUGUGCUAGGGCUUUUUCCAACCCUCCGGAGCAGAUUUGGGGAGGAAGAUCUCAAUUGUGCAAGUAAUGGAUGGAAGCGGGGAACUGGAUACUUCCUGCGCCAACUGAGUUUCAUGAUCAUAUCUCACCUGUGCUCGUAGGAUUUCAGCCUGGUGACGGGAUACGUUUGGCAAGACCUGUAGGAGGAGGGUGAAAGUGGGGCAUGUUCUUGCUGUUGUCGUUUUAAAAAAUGAGGAAACAACUGAUGAAUGCAAAGGAAGAAUGCAUGGCCACAAAACUGAGGAACCGUCCACAGAUUGCUAGGAAGCACAGGCCAGAGAGUUUUCCCACAUGUCUCGCAUCUUCUAGGUACUGAAAGCAGUUUUCUGUUUGCCUUGUUGCUUCCUCCAGGCAAAGGCCCAUCCACAGAAAACCCAAUUAGCGUUUGCUCCGAUUCAGAGGUAAAAAACAGUCUUUUCCAAGGGAAAGGGGUGGGAGCAAGCGGAAUUGUGGAUGACCUCGGAUUUGAACAUGUGGCAUAUUUCCAUCGCCGCCGUAUUAAGCAGUUAGUCCCUUACCUCUCUCGCCCUGAUCUGGCCACAGUGAUCCACACGACCGUCACCUCCAGGCUUGAUUAUUGUAACUUGCUCUACGCGGGGCUGCCCUUGAAGCUGACCCAGAAACUCCAGCGGGUGCAGAAUGCCGCGGCGAGGCUCCUUACAGGGUCCUCACCAUGGGAUCACAUUCACCCAGUGCUUUACCAACUGCGCUGGCUCCCGGUGGAGUAUAGGGUCAGGUUUAAGGUGCUGGUUUUGACCUUAAAGCCCUAUGCGGCCUAGGACCCUCGUACCUGCGGGACCGCCUCUCCCAGUAUGCCCCGCGGAGGACCUUAAGGUCCACAAAUGACAACCCUUUGGAAGUCCCAAGCCACAAGGUGCUUAGAUUGGUCUCAACUAGGGCCAGGGCCUUUUCAGUACUGGCCCCGACUUGGUGGAACGCUCUGUCACAAGAGACCAGGGCCCUGCAGGACUUGACAUCUUUCCGCAGAGCCUGCAAGACAGAGCUGUUCCGCCUGGCCUUUGGUUUGGACUCAGUCUGACCCUUAUGUUUCCCUCUGCUUAUGGUCUUGAUCCAUGGGCUACUUUUAAAAAGAGGCUGCAUUUAAAUUGCAUUUUAACCUGUAUUUUAAAUUGGUUCCCUCCCCCCCAUUAUGUUUUUACUGUAAUUUUACUGGUGUUAGCCGCCCUGAGCCCGGCUCUGGCUGGGGUAUAAAUAAAAUUGUUGUUGUUGUUUAGUCAUUUAGUCGUGUCCGACUCUUCGUGACCCCCUGGACCAGAGCACGCCAGGCACUCCUGUCUUCCACUGCCUCCCGCAGUUUGGUCAGACUCAUGCUGGUAGCUUCGAGAACACUGUCCCACCAUCUCGUCCUCUGUCGUCCCCUUCUCCUUGUGCCCUCCAUUGUUCCCAACAUCAGGGUCUUUUCCAGAGAGUCUUCUCUUCUCAUGAGGUGGCCAAAGUCUUGGAGCCUCAGCUUCAGGAUCUGUCCUUAUAAAUAAAAUUAUUAUUGCUGUAUUUUUACCUGCAUUUUAGCCAGAGAUAGACAACUACCUGACAUUUAAAGACAUCUGAAGGCAGCCCUGUUUUUUAAAAAAUGGGAAAUGGAACCAUAAAACAGGCACAUGGAAUGAGUGGUUGUGCACGAGUUGAAGUAGCAAAAGCCCACAAAGUUCUGUUAUGCAUGACUUAACCCUGGCUCAGCUGAAUGAGGCUGUAAGAAGAAAAGGAAAGCAGUUUGUGCCAAGGGUUUUUCCUUCCUUCUCUCUCUUUCUCUUUCUCCACCCCUCUUUUCUUUCCUGCCCUCCUCCUCCAAAGAGAGCUCCCCCCCAGGUGUCAAUACCAUUGCAGGAGCUAAUUGCAGCCACUUAAGCACCAAUGCUUUCAAAUCCCACGCAUUUCAAUGCCAGGAGGGAAAAAAGGUGACUCUUGACAAAUGAUCCCUUUGCUGCUGCAAGGAAGGAGGAAAGGAUUUCUGAAAAGGGCAGGCUGCAUUUUGGGUGCCAGAGUGAUGCUAUUCAGCAGCCGGUACCUGGUGAGCAGGGAGGGUAGGCAAACUAAGGCCCAGGGGCCGGAUGCAGCCCAAUCGCCUUCUAAAUCUGGCCUGAGGACGGUCCGGGAAUCAGUGUGCUUUUACAUGAGUGUUGUUGUUGUUGUUUAGUCGUUUAGUCGUGUCCGACUCUUCGUGACCCCCUGGACCAGAGCACGCCAGGCACUCCUGUCUUCCACCGCCUCCUGCAGUUUGGUCAAACUCAUCUUUGUAGCUUCGAGAACACUGUCCCACCAUCUCGUCCUCUUUCGUCCCCUUCUCCUUGUGCCCUCCAUCUUUCCCAACAUCAGGGUCUUUUCCAGGGAGUCUUCUCUUCUCAUGAGGUGGCCAAAGUCUUGGAGCCUCAGCUUCAGGAUCUGUCCUUCCAGGGAGUGCUCAGGGCUGAUUUCCUUCAGAAUGGAUCGGUUUGUUCUUCUUGCAGUCCAUGGGAUUCUCAGGAGUCUCCUCCAGCUCCAGAAUUCAAAAGCAUCAAUUCCUUAAGCGAUCAGCCUUCUUUAUGGUCCAGCUCUCACUUCCAUACAUCACUACUGGGAAAGCCAGAGCUUUAACUAUAGGGACCUUUGUUGGCAAGGUGAUGUCUCUGCCUUUUAAGAUGCUGUCUAGGUUUGUCAUAGCUUUUCUCCCAAGAAGCAGGCGUCUUUUAAUUUCGUGACUGCUCUCACUGCCUCCAGUUCUUCCCCUUCCGUUUGCCAGGAGGUGAUGGGCCCAGUGGCCAUGAUCUUAGUUUUUUUGAUGUUGAGCUUCAGACCAUAUUUUGCGCUCUUCUCUUACAUGAGUAGAAUGUGUUGUUGUUUUUAAAAUGCAUCUCUGGGUUACUUGUGGGGCUUGCCUGGUGUUUUUACAUGAGUAGAAUGUGUGCUUUUGUUUAAUAAUAAUAAUAAUAAUAAUAAUUUAUUAUUUAUACCCCGCCCAUCUGGCUGGGUUUCCCCAGCCACUCUGGGCAGCUUCCAACAAAGUAUUAAAAUACAGUAGUCUAUUAAACAUUAAAAGCUUCCCUAAACAGGGCUGCCUUCAGAUGUCUUCUAAAAGUCUGCUAGUUGUUCUUUUCUUUGACAUCUGAUGGGAGGGCAUUCCACAGGGCAGGCGCCACCACCAAGAAGGCCCUCUGCCUGGUUCCCUGUAACUUGGCUUCUCGCAGGGAGGGAACCGCCAGAAGGCCCUCGGAGCUUGACCUCAGUGUCCGGGCUGAACGAUGGGGGUGGAGACGCUCCUUCAGGUAUACUGGGAUGAAGCCGAGGCUUAAGAAGACUCUGGCCUGGCGCUCUUGACACUCUGGGCCUUUUUGUCUUGGCAGGUGAUCUCCAUGGCGAUGGUGGCAGUGGGAGUCUAUGCCCGCUUGAUGAAGCACGCAGGUAAGGAGCACAAGCAGUGUGCCAAGCAAGGGUUGAUGGACUCGAAACUGUUGGGCCAUGCUUCCCGAAGUGGGUGGCAAUAAGAAACAGAUGGGCACCGGAGGUCAGCCCUUCGAGUGUGUCGUUUGCUUACUUGAAACACCUUCCUCGCUUCGCUUUUCAAGCUUUACAGUCAUACCUCAUGUUGCAUUUGCUUCCUGAUAUGUUUUUUGUGUCCCACGGUGACCUGGAAGUACCGGAAAGGGUUACUUCCGGGUUUCGCCACUCACACAUGCGCAGAUGCGCAAAAUGACGUCAUGCGCAGAAGCAGACAAUCACAACCCGCACGUGCACAGAUGUGGGUUGCGUUCCUUUCAGGUUGUGAACGGGGCUCCGGAACGGAUCCCGUUUGCAACCAGAGGUACUACUGUAUCGUUCUUUUCGCUUUCAAAGCUAUUUCCUUUGUAUUUCCUUUGUACAGUGGUACCUCGGGUUAAGAACUUAAUUCAUUCUGGAGGUCCGUUCUUAACCUGAAACUGUUCAUAACCUGAGGUACCACUUUAGCUAAUGGGGCCUCCUGCUGCCGCCAGAGCACAAUUUCUGUUCUCAUCCUGAAGCAAAGUUCUUAAUCCGAGGUACUAUUUCUGGGUUAGCGGAGUCUGUAACCUGAAGCAUAUGUAACCUGAGGUACUGUACCACUGUGUUUAUGAUUCCAAGUUUUCCCCAAAUAACCAGUUAUAGCUAUUGGUAAUAGCUAUUGAUUUUCUCAUAAACUAGUCACCCUAUGCCUGUGAUCGAUGAAAGUUGGUGGGUGUUUAGUAAGUAUAGUUGUACGUUGGAUCUCGUUCCACUUCUUUCUUUCUUUUUAUUGCUUUUUAUUAAAUUUUUCACAAACAAAAAUAAAACAAUCUUUUACAGUCAUCAUUUUAUGUCAUCUUAUUUACACUGCGUAUAUUCACGCCCAGACUUCCUUCCUUGUUUUACGUUGGAUCUCAAACGCAUUGGCUCCCAAAUGAUCAAAACCCAGAAGUGAGUGUUCCAGUUUUUGACAUUUUUUUUUAAAGCCGAACGUCCGAUGUGGCUUCCACGGCUUCCCAUUGGCUGCAGGAGCUUCCUGCAGCCAAUCAAAAGCCACGCUUUGGUUUCCAAACGUUUUGGAAGUCAAACGGACUUCCAGAACGGAUUCCGUUCGACUUCCAAGGUACGACUGUAGUACUUUUCAUCGACAUGAAUGCAUGGAAAUGUUCUCCUUGCAAUAUCUGGCCUCACUGGAACAAGUUCAUCCAUUUUGUCGAGUUAAUUAAACUACAUACUUUUAAUUAGAUUUUGAAUCAUUGUUAUGUUUUCCUCAGUGGGCCAUACAAACUGCUAUUCUGAAUAAUGCUUUUUAUACCGUAGGGUAGCAGGCACUGGGGAUGAGUUUAUGGAACCAAGCAGACAGUAGCCCAGUAAGAACUGGGACCUGCUGUUUUAGUGCAUUUUCUGUUUUUCAAGGCUGCGAACACCCCAUAAAUUUAAUAACAGUUGGUUCCCCCCCACCCCCAAGAAUCCCAGGAACUUUAGUUUGCUAAAGGUGCUGUUGAUGCUAGCUCUGUGAGGGAGUAAACUUGCUUUUUCAGGUCAGCAGAGGAGUGAAACUAGCUCACUCAUGCGAGGAAAGCUGGAAAAUGACCACCUUGGGAUUUAAAUUGUGGCUGCACCCCUGAAAUUCCUCCUGCAUUAUUCCCAAGCGCUCAGCGUUCUUGCCUCAAAAAAGGAGACUCAAUAAACACACAAGACGUAACCGGCUGUACGUUUGAAAAAAUAAGAUACACUAUUCAUUGUAUUGAAUUGUAGAUUUCAACAGAAGUAGCUCAUAAAGUUCAACGGAAAAAGUAGAAGACCCAGUGGAUCAGUUCAUUCUCUAAUCAAUUUACGUAUAAGGUUCAUAUAUGUGAAAGUGUCUAUUCCACCUGUCUGUUCAUAAAGUCAAACAAUCCACACGAAAGUUUGUUAGAGUUUUACAGAAUCCUUCCACAGAGUCUAAGACAAGGAUUUCCGGAAUAUUAGCCUUGUUUCGCCAUCCUAGGCUUCCUCAGUAGUCCAGGUUCAUAUGUAAUGUUACAGGAUAGUGGAUCUUAUAGCAUAGCAGUAGCUACUACUACUACAGUGGUACCUCUGGAUGCGAACAGGAUCCGUUCCGGAGCCCCGUUCACAUCCUGAAAGGAACGCAAGACGCGACUGCGCGUGUGCAGUUCGAAUUUUGCUGCUUCCGCGCAUGCGCGUGAUGUCAUUUUGAGCAUCUGUGCAUGCGCAAGCGGCGAAACCCCGAAGAAACACGUUCCGUUACUUCCGGGUCGCCGCAGAGCACAACCCGAAAACGCUCAACCUGAAUCGUAUUCAUCCUGAGGUAUGACUGUACUGUGAAAGGAUCCACUGGGUCUUCUACUUUUUCCGUUUAUGAGCUACUUCUGUUGAAAUCUACAAUUCAAGGCAAGAGAAACUGAUGGACUAUGCAGAACUGGCAAAACUGACACAUAAACUGCGGGACAAGGAUAACUAUCACUUCAAAGAGGAAUGGGAACCUUUGACAAAGUACCUAAAGACGCAACAAAGUGAAUUGGACUCCUUGGCAGGCUUUGAAUAAACACUCACAAUUUUUUAAAUUGAUAAUAAUUAGUUAUAUAAAUUAAGGACUUAUACAGUUCUGUAACAUGCAGAGAAUAGCAUUUAUAGAGAAAUCAGAGAUUGGAACUGAGGGAAGUCGCGGGGUGGUGGUGUUUAUGCGGGGGGGGGGGGAAUGAGGGAAAAAUUAAGGAUGAUAUGUUUUAAGAUGCAGUGGUACCUCGGGUUAAGUACUUAAUUCAUUCUGGAGGUCUGUACUUAACCUGAAACUUUUCUUAACCUGAAGCACCGCUUUAGCUAAUGGGGCCUCCCGCUGCCACCACCACACGAUUUCUGUUCUCAACCUGAAGCAAAGUUCUUAACCUGAAGCACUAUUUCUGGGUUAGCAGAGUCUGUAACCUGAAGCGUAUGUAACCUGAAGUGUAUGUAACCCGAGGUACCAUUGUAAUAUGUUUUGUUGAAUUACUUAAUAAAAAAGUUAUAUAUAUAUAUAUAUAAAAUCUACAACACAAUGAAUAGUAUAUCUUAUUUUUCCAAACGUACAGCCAAUUACGUCUUGUGUGUUUAUUGAAUAUGGUUCACGUAACCAGAGGUUUGUUGCUGUUUUGCUCAAAAAAGCAGACAGCUAAUGCUGCCUUUUGGCCAUUUAAAUGAAAAGAAGCACAAAACACUGCUGUUGAGGACAGAAUCAUAGUCCAACCCGCUGCAACAGAUAGGUGCGCUUAGCCAUAGCUAGCAGGGAGAAGCUGUUGGGACGGGACGGAAAUGCCUGCAUUUGACUCUGAUCUUCCUUUCCCGUUGCAGAAGCGGCCAUGGCUUGCCUCGCUGUGGACCCGGCCAUCCUGCUGAUUGUCGUUGGCAUCCUGAUGUUUUUCAUCACGUUCUGCGGCUGCAUCGGCUCCCUGCGGGAGAACAUCUGCUUGCUUCAGACGGUGAGAACCCCUGGGCAUCGUCCUGGGCAAAGGCAGGGUAGCGCUGGCAUCAGACACUUCCUUCAGCCUGGGCAUCCUUAAGCAAAGGGAGCCCUUGCCACUGGAAGUGUGCGCUUGGAUUCUAAUAAUAAUAAUAAUAACAAUAAUUUAUUAUUUGUACCCCACCCAUCUGGCUGGGUUUCGCCAGCCACUCUGGGCAGCUCCCAACAGAAUAUUAAAAACACCACAAAACAUCAAACAUUUUAAACUUCCCUAAGCACGGCUGCCUUCAGAUGUCUUCAAAUGUCAGGUAGUUGUUUAUUUCCUUGACAUCUGGUGGGCGGGUGCCACCACCAAGAAGGCCCUCUGCCUGGUUCCCUGUGAUUUUUUGGCCUUCUUUGUUAAUAUGGACGGGUCUCCCUCACCGCAAAAUGCCCCCUGACAGGGGUCUGGGAUUAAUAAUAAUAAUAAUAAUAAUAAUACAAUUUCAUUUAUAUCCCGCCCUCCCCAGCCGAAGCUGGGCUCAUUGCGGCUAACAUCAGUAAAAAUAACACAGUUUACAUAAAAUCAUAAUCAUUUAAUUGAAAUACAUUCUAAAACCAGGCUGAGAUGACCGGCAGAAUUCGAGAUCAAGAAGAAGGGUCGAUGGAAGAAGAUUGGAAAAAAAUUAAAAUAUAUCUUCAGAAAUACUGUAAUAUAAAAGAAUGUUAGAAAAGGUUGGAGAAGAAUAUUAGACCGUAUUGGCUGACAGAGUAUAAUGGAAUAAGUAAAUAUGAAGUGUAAAAUAAAGAUAGAGGAGAAUUAAAUACUUUCGAAUGUUAAAAUAAAUAAAUGAAAAGAAGGUUAGAAGGAUUUGCUGGAGAUACGAUUCAAAUUAGAAUACAAAGCAGAGAAGUGAGAGGAAGUCACGGAAAUAAGUAAAUGGGAAAACGGUUCUAAUGGCUUAAUUUGAUUUUUUGUUAUUUUUUUUUUAUUGUGAUUUUUUGUCUUUUGUAUUUUUCUUUGUACUGUGUGUCUUUUGUAGGAUGUAUGUGAUUUGCUUUUCUUUUUUUACUUUUUUCUUUUUCUGUAAUCUUAAAAUUGGAAUAAAUAUUCUUUAAAAAAGAAAAAAGAAAGAAAUACAUUCUAAAACCAGAGAUAUUUACAUUUUUAUAACAUGCAGAGAAUAAUAUGUGUUAAUAAAUCAGAAAGAGGAACUGAGGGUAGUCGUAGGGGGGAGGGAGGGGUAUCAGGGGGAGAUGGGAGGGGUGAAAUGGGGGGAAAUACAUUGUUGCAAUAAUUUGAUAUGUGAAAAUAAUCAAUAAAAAUUAAAAAACAAAACAAAACGAUCAAACAUCAAAUAUUAAAAACUUCCCUAAGCAGGGCUGCCUUCAGAUGUAGUCUAAAAGUUUGGUAGUUAUUUUUCUCUUUGACAUCUGGUGGGAGGGGAUUCCACAGGGCGGGCGCCACCACCGAGAAGGCCCUCUGCCUGCUUCCCUGUAACCUCACUUCUCGCAAGGAGGGAACAGCCAGAAGGCCCUUGGAUCUGGCCCCACCCCCUUGAGCAUUAACCUGCCAUUGGCUCUGUGACCCUUCACUUACGAGAUUCUCUCCCCUGCAGUUCUCUAUCUGCCUGACGGUCAUCUUCCUGCUGCAGCUGGCGUCGGGCGUCCUGGGGUUCGUCUUCUCUGACAAGGUACAGAGGCGAUUGUUCUGGGUGGGGGAGAGUGGAAAGGUGGCUUGGAAGGUUUUGUGUGGCGCUGAAGUUUAUUAUUAUUAUUAUUAUUAUUAUUAUUAUUAUUAUUAUUAUGAAGUGGGCAGUGUUGUUCCCUGGAAUGUCCCUAAGCUUCUCCUUUGGAGAUGGGUGUUCAGGGGGUGGGAAACGGGACUUGACAUGUUCAGGGUUAGAAUUAAAAACAGUGGUACAGUCAUACCUCGGGUUACAGACACUUCAGGUUGCGUUUUUUCGUGUAAAGGGACCCCUGCCCAUUAGGUCCAGUCGUGGCCGACUCUGGGGUUGCGGCGCUCAUCUCGCUUUACUGGCUGAGGGAGCUGGCGUACAGCUUCCGGGUCAUGUGGCCAGCAUGACUAAGCCGCUUCUGGCGAACCAGAGCAGCGCACGGAAACGCCGUUUACCUUCCCGCCAGAGUGGUACCUAUUCAUCUACUUGCACUUUGACGUGCUUUCGAGCUGCUAGGUUGGCAGGAGCAGGGACCGAGCAACAGGAGCUCACCCCAUCGUGGGGAUUCGAACCGCCGACCUUCUGAUCAGCAAGUCUUAGGCUCUGUGGUUUAACCCACAGCGCUACCCGCGUCCCAUUAAAACACUACUAAACCAUAGGUAAAGGUAAAGGGACCCCUGACCGUUAGGUCCAGUUGUGGCCGACUCUGGGGUUUUGCGCUCAUCUCGCUUUACUGGCUGAGGGAGCUGGCGUACAGCUUCCGGUUCAUGUGGCCAGCAGGACUAAGCCGCUUCUGGCGAACCAGAGCAGCGCACGGAAACGCCGUUUACCUUCCCACCGGAGCGGUACCUAGUUAUCUACUUGCACUUUGAUGUGCUCUCGAACUGCUAGGUGGGCAGGAGCAGGGACUGAGCAACUCCCUCCAUAGCCUUGUUCCGAUUUCCUUACAGGCUCGUGGGAAAGUGAGCGAGAUUGUCAACAACGCCAUCGUGCAUUACCGGGACGACUUGGACCUCCAGAACCUCAUUGACUUUGGCCAGAAAGAGGUGAGUUUUGGUUUAUAAACUGCAAGCCCUUGCCCUGCUUCCAGAUGGUUGCAAGUUGUGGAUGCACACAGAGCCGGAUUUAUGUAUAAGCUAAACAAGCUCUAGCUUAGGGCCCCACUCUCUUGGGGGCCCCCCAAAAAAAUUAAAGGAAAAAAAACUGGAUGUAACAUUUCCAAAAUAUAAGAUAAAAAAGCAAAUACGAUAAAACCUACGUACAGCAACAGUGUUUUGUGUUGUGUAGGCUCCUAUGAUGUAAGUCAUGGGCCCCGCCUGCUAGCCUGCUCCCUCAAAUAUCACUGGUUUGCUAUUAUUAUUUCAUGUUAUAGCAAGUUUCUAGAGACUAGAUUAUGAGUCUUUGUAAAUUGUGUUUCUAAAGGAACUUUUGCUGUUGCCAAAUGCCAAUGUGUUUGCAUUAUUAAGUUUGUUAUGAAUAAAAAACCAUUUUAAGUUAGAGCUUAAUAAUUAUUUCACUAUUAAUAUACUUCUUAAUUGUAUCUCACUGUUAAUAUAUUUCUUCUUAAUUGUAUUUCAGUUCAACAAUUACUUUGAUAAAAUGCAUAUUUUGUUAUGUGCAAAUGGCUUUCGAUACGUAUUAGGUCCAUAAAUCACCAUCUAGCAUAUAUUCCACACAAAAAACAGUGACAAUUUGUUGUUGACAAAGGACAGCUGGACAUAGAAAGGGCCCCAUUACCUUCAGUAGCUGAGGGCCUCAUCAAACCCAAUUCUGCCCUGGUUGCACAUCUCCUGUCCCAGGGCCCUAGCGCUGCAAAGUAGGUUUUCAGGACUGACCUAUCCUGAAAAUGUGCUUUCCAAAUGUGUGGGGCUCCUUAUUAUACGUGUGGCACUGAUUGGCUGGCCUCCGUGACAUCACAGAAGUGCGCAGGAAAGCAUCUCAGUUCUCAAAAGAAAUGUUUGUCAAAACAAAAGCAAUUCCUGAGCAAAAUGGCUCCAAAUUCCCCGCGCUCAGUCUUUUCACGGAAGGCACCUCAAACCUUUAAUGAGUCCUCUUCUCCUAUUCUAUUUUAUUUUAAAAAAUUAAAUUUGAAUGCCGCCCUUCCAACUGUAGAUUAUGGUUCACAACAUAGAGAAGCAAGAUACAAAAAAACCCUGCUAGCGGCCAAGCUUGUAAUAAUAAGAAGCAAUGGAAUAACUUGAGAGAAUAACUUCUCAGGCAAGUGGGUACUUCGGAAGAUGUGGAAACAUUGAAUGAUGAAAUCAAAUGGGCCCGACACACAAGAGCUCCUUUGCGAUCGAAUGUCACAGUUUUAUUAUUUGCACGACUAAAAAUGCGCACAGAGGACUCUACACACAACACUGACACCUUGGUUCUCAAAUGCCUUAGUUCCCAAACGCCUUGGUCCCAAACUCCGAAAACCUGGAAGUAAGUGUUUUGGUUUUUGAACGUUUCUCGGAAGCCGAACGUCUGAAGCGGCUGUCGGCUAUUAUUUCCGGGGCGCCUGCACCAAUCAGAAGUUGCGCCUUGGUUUUUGAACAUUUCGGAAUUCAAACGGACUUCCGGAAUGGAUUCAGUUUGGCGCUUUUGCUUUUGCUAUUUAUUUUGUGUUUUUGUUUUUGAGGCUUUUUCGGUUAAUUUGUUUUUGUGACUGUAUGAAACCCAGUUCAGCUACAGACUGAUUGAUUGUGUGGUUGCAGAAAUGGAUAAAAGCGCCCCCCGCCCAUCCAAACAGUGCCUACCAUCAGUCUGGAACGGAUUAAUCCAUUUUGCAUUACUUUCUAUGGGAAAGCGUGCCUUGGUUUUGGAACGCUUUGGUUUUGGAACGGACUUCCGGAACGGAUUAAGUUUGAGAACCAAAGUACCACUGUAUAGAACUUUUUGGUUAACUUAAAACUGUUCUGUUGCCCUCUGCACAAAAAGAUAAGAACUGUUAUUUGGCUGUUGCUUUGUAUGUAUUGCCUAAACACCAGCUUCUGCGUUUGGGUGGGAUGUUUCGCUAUAUAUCUAUAUGAAAGAUUUCAAAAUAUUUUAUGUUUGAAAAGGGAAGGGGAAGCGUUGGGGACCAUUUCCGACGCCUGCUUCCGUCCAGCUCCUCUGCCUUAACUCCUUUUCUUCCUUCCCUUUGCAGUUCAGCUGCUGUGGUGGCGUCUCCUAUAAAGACUGGUCCCAAAACCUGUAUUUCAACUGCACGGCCCACAACCCCAGCUGGGAACGCUGCUCUGUGCCUUAUUCCUGUUGCCUGCAAACUGACGACCAGGUAUGUCGUAGAGCCACACAUCCGAUCCAUUUGGAAACACGGUAGAAAGAGAAUCUUCAGAAGCAGAAGGAAUAUACCACCACCACUACUACUACUACUAUUGGGACACGGGUGGCGCUGUGGGUUAAACCACAGAGCCUAGGACUUGCCGAUCAGAAGGUCGGCGGUUCGAAUCCCCGUGACGGGGUGAGCUCCUGUUGCUCGGUCCCUGCUGUACGCCGGCUCCCUCUGCCAGUAAAGCGAGAUGAGGGCCAAAACCCCAGAGUCGGCCAUGACUGGACCUAAUGGUCAAGGGUCCCUUUACCUUACUAUGACUACUACUACUAAUAAUAAUGAUAAUGAUAAUUUAUCUGGCAGUUCCUUCCCUGCAAGAAGUGAGGUUACAGGGAACCAGGCAGAGGGCCUUCUCAGUGGUGGCGCCCACCCUGUGGAAUGCCCUUCCAUCAGAUGUCAAGGAAAUAAACAAGUACCUGACUUUUAGAAGACAUCUGAAGGCAGCCCUCUUUAGGGAAGUUUUUAAUGUUUGGUGUUUUGUCGUGUUUUUAAUAUUCUGUUGGAAGCCGCCCAGAGUGGCUGUGGAAACCCAGCCAGAUGGGCAGGGUGUAAAUAAAUUAUUAUUACCACCAUCAUCAUCAAAAUCAUUUGGCUUUGACUAAUUGGAUUAGACUUUAACUAAUUUUCCUGUUCAUUCAAAGUCUUCCAAUGUCCUAUUUCAUCUGUGUACAAAACAGUUCAAGACUAAUCAUAAAUGCUAUGCCUAGCGGCUUUUCUUUUCAUGCAUACAACGACCACGACAGAUUCUAACAGUUUAUUCUUUUCAGUGUUCUGGAGCCACCAUUCGCUGCAGACAGUACCUAAAAGCAGCUAGUUCUGUAACGUAAAAGGCAGGGACAGGCCCUUUUAGUUCAGCUAGGCCAGUGACGCAAAAGAAAACUGAACCAUCAAACGAUACAAUUUUUUUUGUUAUUUAGUUGUGUCCGACUCUUCGUGACCCCCUGGACCAGAGCACACCAGGCCCUCCUGUCUUCCACUGCCUCCCGCAGUUUGGUCAAACUCAUGCUGGUAGCUUUGAGAACACUGUCCAACCAUCUCGUCCUCUGUUGUCCCCUUCUCCUUGUGCCCUCCAUCUUUCCCAACAUCAGGGUCUUUUCCAGGGAGUCUUCUCUUCUCAUGAGGUGGCCAAAGUCUUGGCGCCUCAGCUUCAGGAUCUGUCCUUCCAGUGAGCACUCAGGGCUGAUUUCCUUCAGAAUGGAUCGGUUUGAUCUUCUUGCAGUCCAUGGGACUCUCAAGAGUCUCCUCCAGACCAGAAUUCAAAAGCAUCCAUUCUUCGGCAAUCAGCCUUCUUUAUGGUCCAGUAUAUCUGAAGGAGCAUCUCCACACCCAUCAUUCUACCUGGACACUGAGGUCCAGCUCUGAGGGCCUUCUGGCGUUUCCCUCGCUGCGAAAAGCAAAGCUACAGGGAACCAGGCAGAGGGCCUUCUCGGUGGUGGCGUCCGCCCUGUGGAACGCCCUCCCAUCAGAUGUCAAAGAGAACAACAACUACCAGACUUUUAGAAGUCAUCUGAAGGCAGCCCUCUUUAGGGAAGCUUUUAAUGUUUGAUGCAUUACUGUAUUUUAUUAUUUUGUUAGAAGCCAUCCAGAGUGGCUGGGGAAGCUCAGCCAGAUGGGCAGGGUACAAAUAAUAAAUUAUUAUUAUUAUUAUUAUUAUUAUUAUUAUUAUUAUGGUCCAGCUCUCACUUCCAUACAUCACUACUGGGAAAACCAUAGCUUUAACUAUAUGGACCUUUGUCGGCAAGGUGGUGUCUCUGUUUUUUAAGAUGCUGCCUUGGUUUGUCAUUGCUUAAUUGAGAUACAUGCUCCUUAAUUGAGAUAUAUACUGUCAUUCUGAACUUUGUAAUGGAAUUUAAUGGCUUUUAUGGGGUAUUCCACCCCCCUCCACGAUUUUUAAUUUGCUGCCUAGGUUUGUCAUUGCUUUUCUCCCAAGAAGCAGGCGCCUUUUAAUUUUGUUUUAAUUUAAAUUAAAUUAAAUUAAAUUUGUUUUAAUUCAGUUUAAUUAAUUUAAUUUAAUUUCGAUACAAUUUUAUGAAGUUAUUGUUUUCUCCAACACGCUUCUUCCCAUGCAGUCAGUCAUCAACACCAUGUGUGGCCAAGGGAUGCAGGCAUUCAACUACCUUGAGGCCAGCGAGUUCAUCUAUACCAACGGCUGCAUUGACAAGCUGGUGAACUGGAUCCACAGCAACCUCUUCCUCCUGGGCGGAGUAGCGCUGGGAUUGGCCAUUCCCCAGGUAAUCGGCUUGCCCCCUCCUCGUGGCUGUUGUUUCAGGGUGGCCCAGGGGGCCCCUGGUCCCUACAGUCUGCAGGCAAUGCUUGGGAGCUGCUUCCACCAUGGUGGGGCACCAGCUGGCGUUGCCCCAUGGCAGGGCCUUUUUGGUGGUGGCUCCCCAUUUGCGGAAUGCCCUCCAUUUGCGAGGGCAUUGCACCAGGGAUGCAAAGUUUGCCCACCAGGUUUGUUUACAGCCUGGCAAGUGUCCACCGCCGCCCAGAAGCUCCGUUUAAAGCCGUCUCCCUUUUUGCCGUGCUCACAGUCCUGUUCCGUCUGUGUUUUGUUUUCCUCUUGCAGCUGGUCGGGAUCCUGCUCUCCCAGGUGCUUGUCAACCAGAUCAGAGACCAGAUUAAACUCUUGCUUUACAACCAGCAACACCGAGCCGACCUUUGGUACUGAAAGGACUUCCUUGCGGGGAAAUAAGAAACAAGAAAUGUAUUAUUUGUGGCCUUCCCUAUGACCAAACCCGUGCCCGUCUCCCUGGGAUCUAAGAUGGCGCCCACAGGAAGUGACCUCAUUCCACUUGAUUGGAUUGCCUAAGCCAUUCCAGGCGGGUCUUUUGAAAACAGCUCCUUCCUGCAAGGAAUAUCUUGAAGGAACCUUGUUAGCCCUAGAAGAGAAAUGAGCACCUCCCAGCUUUGAAACUCUGCAGGAAACUUGAAAACAUGCUCUUCCCCCCCAAGAUGCGAAGGUUUUUUAUUUCUUUUAAAGAGUUCCAGCAGAGGACAGGAAGGUAAAGAGUCGGUGCUGUCAGGAGACCAAUCUCCACCUGCAUUUUCCUUCUCAUGGCUUGAGAUGGGAGCCGCUGGAUUUGAACUCUGGGCCGGAGCUCGCCAUGGUUCUUGGCUGCUUCGUUGGGAUGCAAAGAUGGGGCAGGCAGGUUGGGGCGUUGACCAAGGGCCUACUUGCCUCCUGCUCCCUCCAACUGGGGAGGAAAGGUGCCUUCUCGAACCCUCAACCUGUCCUUUGCCAACGAUGCGCCAACUUUGUAAUAUAUCAGGAAUGUGUUCCUGCCCCCACCAACUCCCCUGGUUUAACUUUCUUAAAGGGAACAGGAGACAGGCAGGACCAAAGUGUCUUUGAGAGGUGGGGUGCCCUCACUCUGAUCGAGCCCCCCGGUGCUUGUGAAAAGCAGAACCCUUUUUGCCCUGACCCGGAAAAAUGAAAAGCAUCCACUGCCUCGAUAAGGUCCCAUAAAGGUAAAGGGACCCCUGACCAUUAGGUCCAGUUGUGACCAACUCUGGGGUUGCGGCGCUCAUCUCGCUUUAUUGGCUGCGGGAGCCGGCGUACAGCUUCCGGGUCAUGUGGCCAGCAGGACUAAGCCGCUUCUGGCGAACCAGAGCAGCGCAUGGAAACGCCGUUUACCUUCCCGCUGGAGCGGUACCUGUUUAUCUACUUGCACUUUGUGGUGCUUUCAAACUGCUAGGUUGGCAGGAGCUGGGACAGAGCAACGGGAGCUCACCCCGUCGCGGGGAUUCGAACCGCCGACCUUCUGAUCGGCAAGUCCUAGGCUCUGUGGUUUAGCCCACAGCGCCACCUGCGUCCCCUAAGGUCCUCAACAAAAUGGAAAUGCUGUGGGGUUUUCCUGGCCCCAACCUGAUCCAGCAAUGGGGGGUCGGAGCUACAGUCACACCUCAUGUUACAUUUGCUUCAGGUUGAGCAUUUUCAGGUUUCUGGAAGCACCAGAACGGGUUACUUCCGGGUUUCGCCGCUCGCGCAUGCACAUGUUCAGACGUGCAAAGUGACGUCACGUGCAUGCACAGAAGCGGACAAUUGUGACCCGCGCAUGUGCAGACGUGGGUUGCGUUCUUUACAGGUUGCUAACGGGCCUCUGGAACGGAUCCCGUUCGCAACCAGAGGUACCACUGUACAGUCAUACCUCGGGUUAGAUGUGCUUCAGGUUGAGCGUUUUCAAGUUAUGCUCUGCGGCGACCCGGAAAUAACGGAGCGCGUUACUUCCGAGUUUCGCCGCUCGCGCAUGCGCAGAUGCUCAAAAUGAUGUCAUGCGCGGAAGCAGCAAAACGCGGCACGCGCAGACGCGCAGUCACGUCUUACAUUUUACUCAGGAUGUGAACGGGGCUCCGGAACGGAUCCCGUUCGCAUCCAGAGGUACCACUGUACCUGGAAAGGAGAACCCUCCCCAAACUGCAGCUAAGCCACAGGGGGAAUGGAAGUGGUCAUCUUGGAGUGGAGGAAAACCUGAACCUUAAAUGGAGGCAACAUGAAUGUAACAGACCAAUGGGUAAGAGAGGUCUAAGAUGACCAAGAGAUGCCUCAUCAGAAGCAGGGAAACAGUGGAACGGCCUUCGCUAGGACCAAACCCUUGCCCGUCUCCCUGGGAUCCAAGAUGGCUCCCCACAGGAAGUGACCUCGUCCCGUAAACUCCGGUAAAACCUACCUCGCCGUUGCCAUGUUGUCUGUAGUGUCCUCUUCAGGGCGAAGGUUGGCGGGCCACAGGUUUAGCAUCUCCCGUCGCCCCAUGGCCCUCACGGGUCAAGGAAGGGGCAAUGUCUGAAGCCGGGAGCCUCGCCCACUUGGCUGAAGCUCCCGGCACAAUGUCAAAAUUGGCAAGGGCGGUUUUCAAAAUGGCGGAGGCGCCUUCGUAGGUAGAAAAUUGGAGGGUUGGGAAAUGGUUCCUCAACCUGGGAGGGGCCUUAGGGAUUUAUUUAUUUUAUUUAACAACAUUCAACACUGCCAGACUGUUUGAAAAACAACAAGCUCUAAGCGGUUUACAAAACCACAAAAUAAAACAUUGCCAUAUAUAUACAUAUACAUAUACGUACAUACAUAUAUAUAUAUAUAUAUAUUUUCUCACAAGAUUGAGCUGAAACCUUUUAAACAGUUAUUUCAGCAAACCUGGGUACAUCGUUUAGCUGUGUAUACUUGUUUCUAAAUUCUGCUUUUUCAUCUGUACGUUACUAAUAAAUUAUUUUUCUGUUUUAUUU